AUGACAAAGGCUGUAAUGGUAAGGUGUUACCUUCUCUGUUUACUAACUCUUGCACUCUGUUGUGCUUCUGGGUUGGUAUGGGCUGAUGAUCCUAAAGCUUCUGAGUCCAGUAAAUGUGUUCCUUACGUUGGCCUUCCUCCUUUUUUUUUUAGAAAUCCUGCUUGCAAUAAUUCUGGUAAUACUCCUAAGUAUGGUCCAACCUCGAAACCUCUCUCAAGUGUCAUGCCACAUUUGAAACCUGGUGCUCAAGGAGCUGAUCGUGUUAUUACGAAUCCUCAUCAAGAGCAACAUUUAUCCCGGGGAGAUCAGACAGAGGUAACAGUUAAUUCUCAAAUUAACGAUGGAAAAGGAACUCAGGUUGCUCAACAAACCUUAAAAGAAGAAGGCACCCCAUCAGGUACUCCGGGGCACAAUAAACCUGAUAGUAACCCUAAGUCUAAAGACGGCCAGGAUAUAAAACCAACGGAAGAGCAUCUCCCUCCAGGUUCUGCUGCAGUUCCUGAUGGACAACAGUCAGGUGAAGGUACAGCUGAAUUAACACAAUCCAGUGAACAGAACCCAACAGUCUCAGCCUCUGCAACUAACAGUGACGACCAUAGGAGUCCACAUGAGAACACAUCACCACUGCAAGAACAAGAAGAAGGAGGUGCACCCACUCAGGAUUCACAAGUUACAACCAACACCGAUGACUCACAAGAGUCAGGGAACACACACUCACCAACGAACACGAAGAACGCUAAUACACCCACUAAAGAGGAAUCAACCACCACCAUUCCAUCUCCUUUACCUAACGAAGAUAUGAGCAGCAACAUCGCUUCCACUAUGCAGAAGAAAAGUAAUGUUGACAGCAGUAUCAGUCCUGUGUGGAUGCGCACUGCAGCACCGCUACUGAUUGUGGUUGUGUUGUUCUCUGCCACUGUGUACUGA